AUCGACAAGGCCAAAGAAAAUGUCAAAAUUUGAUGGCUCUAAAUCCUUCACAAUUGGAGGAAAUCAAUCUAGUCGUGACAGCCAAGGGCUCGAAAAUGAGGCACCUUCAGGCAUCACUUCUGGGAAAGAUGGUAGGAAAAGAGUAAAUGCGCAUAUUGACCAAUCUCCUGAAGAAAGUAAUGUUAUUAAGGUGAGCCCAGGUGGAAAAUACUCCAAUGAAAAUGAUGGUACUAGAGUAUCGACCGCCAAAACUGCUCAGGAAGACUCUCAGCCUAUUUUGUCUAGUCAAGCCGAAGUUAAUACUGAUGAUGUAAAUAAUGUUGAACAAGACUCUUCAGCUAAUUUCCUGAGAAGGAGUGAGAGAAACGCUAAAUAUGGGUAUAACUCUUACAAGAAUUUAGGAAAGAGACCUUCAAAAUAUGAAGACUUUGAAUAUGGUCAUGUAGCUGGACGUCAAUCUCCUUCCCAGAUGAAUCCUCCUGGAUCAAUAGGCAGCUCUAAAAGAAGGAGAAAGGUAGGAAAUAUACCUUCUCUUUCACUUCCUGAAGCAAGUCUAAAAAGGACGAUGUCUGCAAAGGUUACUAAUAAUAGUUCAGGCUUAACUUCUGGAGAUGAUAAGCAAGUUGUAUACAAUCAAGGUAGAUGGACAUGCUUAGAGCACUUUAAGUUCCUUGAAGCACUUAAAAAGUUUGGAAAGGAGUGGCAGAAAGUUCAACAACAUGUUCACACUCGGACCAGUACUCAGGCAAGAUCUCAUGCACAAAAGUUCUUCGUCAAACUUGAUAAAAAGUCUCUGACUUUAGAAGAGUUUCUAAAAGGACUUGAUUUAAAAGAAGUUGAGAAAAACUUGCUUGCUUCAGGAAUGGACAAUACAGAUUAUGAUGAAGAGAGGGAAGUCAAUAUUAUCGCAAAUAGGAAGCUUAAAGGAUCUGUCAUGAACAUCGCUUUACCAUCAAACUCAGAAGAGCAAAAGAGCGGCGUGUCCAAAAGCCCAAACCUCAAAAGAAAAAGAUCAGAAAUAGAUGAUUCCUCUAGAACAUCUACUAGAAAAGAGCACUUGCAAGACAAUAUUCAAAACGCUUUUAAUAAUCACUGAGAUGAUGGAAAUAAUUCAAGAAUCAACAAAAGAGUGAAGACUUCAGAAAAUGACGAAGCAGAGUGUCAGCAUCAAUUUUCUAAACAAAAAGAUGAGGAUAAAAAGAACGAAGAUGAAAAGGAAGGACGCAAGAGAACCCUCUCUAUUUCUAAUUUUGAACCAGUUCAACCUGGAAGAAAAUUACUAAAUUCCGAAGUAGAUAAAAGAAACUAUAGAAAAGGAACUGUGGACAUGAAUCAAGACCCGCAUAACUUUGAUAAGAACUUCAUGAGAGGAUCUGUAGACCCCUUAAGGACUCCUCAGCCUGAUAGGUCUGAUGACAUGAUCAUAAACCAACUUGUUUAUAAAUAACACAGGAGAUAUCGAGGAUUAUCAUUUUAAUUUGGAACAACUUUUCAACAAACCGAAAACUGCUAUGAAUGAUCAAUUACUCUGUGAUGAGCCCAAACAAGAGAACUAUGAAGAGGAUGAGAGAACACCACACAGAAUUGGCAACAGACUCAGCUUCGAUUUUUGUGAACUCCGUGCAGAUCAACUCCUUGAAUCAACCCCACUCAGUUUCCAUGAAGGAAGACUUAAAGGGAAAAUUUUCGAAUAUCCCAAAAGUCGACUGAAGAACAAACAAGCUAAAUAAGAGAAGAGCAACU